AUGGACUUACUAAAGAUAUUGGAUGCCAAGCCCGAGCCGACCAUUGCAGACGAACACUUCAAUGUGAAUGAGGAUUACCAAUUGUCCAAUGACUACAAAAUACCGACCCCAAUGAGCGAUUUCCAAAAAGAACUCACAGACCAGAUCGUGUCCCUCCACUACAGUGAUAUACUCAAAUUCUUCGAACGGGUCGACGACACUCGCGAAAACGAUCGUGUGGUGCUCGACUCUUUAGAAACAAUGUUGCUGAAUACCCAACUGGUCUGCUCGCAUCCAUAUCUUCUGAUUGACCAUUAUUUUCCUAAAAGUCUUACCGCAAGAGAUAUCCCCAAAAGACUCUCGGAGACGAGCUGCAAAUUCAAGAUUCUGAGCGAUCUGCUCAAUCUGCUCGAUGGAAUAUACAAUGUCAAGGACAAACCAAGUUUUGACGUCGCUAUUAUUGCGAGACCGGGGAAGACACUGGAUUUGAUAGAUGCGCUUUGUCUAGGCCAUAAAUGCAAUUUCAAACGCUACUCUGGGACAAAGCUGAAAGAAGCGUCCGGAUCAAACAAGAAACAUGUCAACUUGAAUGUGCACCUAUUCCCCUCUGACAUGAAGAAUCUCACCGCCGAACCAACCACCAGAAUGAAAAUCAUCAUUUCAUUUGAUAUCAGCUGUUCUUUGGACCACGACAAAGUCCUAAAACUCAGAAAUAGAAGCACCAGAAUCUUGCGACUGGUGCCCAUCAACUCUAUCGAGCAUAUUGCGCUUUACUACCGUGAUUUAGUAGCUACCAGAAAUUACAACGACUACCUGAAGCCGGUUACAGCAGCUCUGGUGGUUUUGAGAGAUAGGGUGGGACAACUGCCUUCGGAGUUACGUCCUAUUUACAACAAGAACCUGGAAUUUCUUACUAACUGGCUACGCGAUCCAGAGGUGAACAAGUGGCCCCUUUUGGACUUGACGUCCAUCCCGAUGUAUACCGCCAGCGAUGUUGAGAAGUCACUUUUGACCGAAGUGAAGUUCAAUUUCGAUAAUGACGACUUUUUGAAAGAAGAGGAGACCAAAGAUAACGAUUUAAAUUUGAACUUCAAUUUCAACGGAAAGACCCAGAUGAUAGGACACAUCAUCCAGCCUAGAUUUAAAAGCAAGAACAACAAGAAAACGGACUUCUACGAGUCGAAACGUCUGGAGAAGAAAUAUCUGUCAAAUGAGCUCAACUCAGAUAGUAAGCAAGUUACUGGCAUAUCAAAAGAAAUUGCGAUGGACCAGAUACUGACCCAUACGCUUGUGUCUCAGUUCAACCAGAAACUUGAGGACUUUAUUUUGCUCAACAAAGAACUUGAGUCUUUUGAUCGUUUUUAUGAUGCCCACAAUAACGGUAUUCGAGAGGUCUUAUCGACGAAUCAGCAAAUAAUGAUCGAGUUAGCGGAACAGGAACUUCUGAGCAACGAGCGCAGCAAGAAGAUUACCGAGUUGAACGAGCAGAUAAGCAAACUGAAAGAUUCAGUCACAGAAAAACAAUCUGCAAUUGAAAAGAUCAUAUCCGAAGAAGUUCCGAAGGCAGAAGGUGCUCAAAGGUGGCUGACGGCCGACGUACAGAUUCAAAGGCUGAAGGAGGAAAUAGAAAAAGUGCGCUUGAAAGUUGAGUCCGCUGGUUCUGAACGCAAGUAUAUGCUUAUUGAGCGUGAUCGGGCAACCCAAUCGAUGGAGGAUUCUGUGCGCGAGACGGAGGAGAAACAGAAACAAAUAGAUGAGCUGAGGCAGAAAAUAGAGGCUCUCAAAUUAGAGAGCGAUGGCGAUAAACUGCAGGAAUUGGAACAGUCGAGAAAAGCUUACGAAAAGACGCUGGAAACCAACGAGAACCUGAAAGCAGCAAUGGAGACCGCAUUCCGAAAGGUGACCGACUCUGAGAGCAGGUCGCGCUAUGUAAACUACUCCAGGAAUGGGCUUCUUUCCAAGCGGAAUGCUAGCCCUACUGUGUAA